AUUGCCUGAGUGGAAGUGCGGGCGGCUUCCGGUGUGAGUGACGAGUGGUGGCCGAAGCUGGGGGACAGCAGGGGACGCUUAGGCAGGGACCAUGGCGGACGGCGGCUCGGAGCGGGCCGAUGGGCGCAUUGUGAAGAUGGAGGUGGACUACAGCGCCACGGUGGACCAGCGCCUGCCUGAGUGCGAGAAGCUGGCCAAGGAAGGACGGCUUCAAGAAGUCAUUGAAACCCUUCUCUCUCUAGAAAAGCAGACCCGAACUGCCUCUGAUAUGGUGUCCACGUCCCGCAUCUUGGUUGCAGUAGUAAAAAUGUGUUAUGAGGCUAAAGAAUGGGACUUACUUAAUGAAAACAUUAUGCUUUUGUCAAAACGGCGGAGUCAGUUAAAACAAGCUGUUGCAAAAAUGGUUCAACAGUGCUGUACUUAUGUAGAGGAGAUCACAGACCUCCCAGUCAAGCUGAGAUUGAUUGAUACUCUACGGAUGGUUACGGAAGGGAAGAUUUAUGUUGAAAUUGAGCGUGCUCGACUGACUAAAACCUUAGCAACUAUAAAAGAACAAAAUGGUGAUGUGAAAGAAGCUGCCUCCAUCCUUCAAGAGUUACAGGUGGAAACCUAUGGGUCCAUGGAGAAGAAGGAGCGAGUGGAGUUUAUUCUGGAGCAGAUGAGACUCUGCUUAGCCGUGAAGGAUUACAUUCGCACACAGAUCAUUAGCAAAAAAAUUAACACCAAAUUUUUCCAGGAAGAAAAUACAGAGAAACUGAAGUUGAAGUACUAUAACUUAAUGAUUCAGCUGGAUCAGCACGAGGGGUCCUACCUGUCCAUUUGUAAGCACUACAGAGCCAUCUACGACACUCCCUGCAUUCAGGCAGAGAGUGAGAAGUGGCAGCAGGCUCUGAAAAGUGUUGUUCUCUAUGUUAUCCUGGCUCCUUUUGACAAUGAGCAGUCAGAUUUGGUUCACCGGAUAAGUAGUGACAAGAAGCUGGAAGAAAUUCCCAAAUACAAGGAUCUGCUGAAGCUUUUUACCACAAUGGAACUGAUGCGCUGGUCCACACUUGUUGAGGACUAUGGGGUGGAGCUACGGAAGGGUUCCCCUGAGAUCCCCGCAACUGACGUUUUCAGCUCUACAGAAGAAGGUGAAAAAAGGUGGAAAGACUUGAAGAACAGAGUCGUGGAACAUAACAUCAGAAUUAUGGCCAAGUACUACACCCGGAUAACAAUGAAAAGGAUGGCACAGCUUCUGGACCUCUCUGUGGAUGAGUCAGAGGCCUUCCUCUCGAAUCUAGUCGUCAAUAAGACCAUCUUUGCUAAAGUAGACAGAUUGGCUGGAGUCAUCAACUUCCAGAGACCCAAGGAUCCAAAUAAUUUAUUAAAUGACUGGUCGCAGAAACUGAACUCGCUGAUGUCUCUGGUUAACAAAACAACACACCUCAUAGCCAAAGAGGAGAUGAUACAUAAUCUCCAGUGAGGCCUGGAUGCUUUUAGAAAAGACACAGAAUUGGAGGUCAUUAAAAAAGAAAGACUGAU